AUGACUUCAGUAGUGGAUAAUCUGCAUGCACCACACAGUUCUACGCCUCAAGAUAUCAAAAUAAUCAAAAGAGUGUUGAACGGGUAUGUUGGCUUUGCCAACUUGCCUAAACAAUGGCACAGAAGAUCUCUUAGGAGAGGCUUCAAUUUGAACAUUAUGGCUGUUGGUGAAGCUGGAUUAGGUAAAGCAACAUUGAUUAAUACUCUAUUCAACCGUGAUGUUAUGGGUAAGAGCAGUAAAUUGAAUGAGUAUGAUGGCGGUCAAGAAGAUGACUUUGAAGAUGCCGAAGCUGAAGCUGAAGCUGAACCACUGGAAAAGGAAGGAGGAGAUGCCGGGGUCAAGAUCAAGACUACAGUGACAGAAAUUGAAGAGGAUGGGGUCAAGUUGAAUGUAAGUGUUAUUACUGCGCCAGGGUUUGGUGACGCCUUGAACAACAUUGAUUCGUGGAAACCAAUUGUCGAUGAGAUAAAUAGUAGAUUUGAUUCGUAUUUGGAAGCCGAGUCACGUAUCAACAGGUCGACAGUUGUGGACAACAGGGUGCAUGCGUUUUUGUAUUUUAUCGAACCAACGGGUCACUCGUUGAGAAGCUUGGAUAUUGCAUUGAUGAAGCAAGUCCAUGAAAAAGUCAACUUGAUUCCAAUCAUCUCGAAAUCAGACACAUUGACUGAUGAAGAAGUCCACGAGUUCAAACGUGCAAUUUUGGCAGAUAUUGACUAUCAUGGCAUCAAAAUUUUCACCCCAACCGUAUCGGAGAAUGACGAUGAAGAAGUCAUUGCCAACACCCAUGAGUUGAUCAAGAGUUUCCCCUUUGCCGUUAUUGGAUCCACCAAAGAAGUUCAAACUGGUGAUGGCAGAUUGGUUAGAGGAAGAAGAUAUCCAUGGGGUGUCAUUGAAGUUGAUAACGAAAACCACAAUGAUUUUGUCAGAUUGCGUGAAUUGUUGGUGAGAAACUUUUUAGAAGAAUUGAGGGAAACCACAUCUAAUCAAUUGUAUGAGCAUUAUCGUACUGAAAAGUUGAGGAAAAUGGGUAUCGAGCAAGAUAAUACCGUCUUUAGAGAGUUUGACCCUGCAACCAAACAAGAGGAAGAGAGGGCUCUACAUGAAGCUAAAUUGGCUAAAAUGGAGCAAGAAAUGAAGGCUGUUUUCCAACAAAAAGUUAGUGAGAAGGAAAAGAAGUUACAAAGAUCAGAAGCUGAUUUAUUUGCUAGACAUAAGGAAAUGAAGGAUAAAUUGACCAAACAAAUCAAGUUGUUGGAAGAUAAAAAGGUACAAUUAGAGAAACAAAAGUUGUUGCCACAAGAACCAUCGCCACAACCUGCUCCACAAAAGAGCCGUAAGGGAUUCUUACGUUAA